GCCCGGCGCGGCCGCUGUGAAGGAGCGGCUCGGCGCUCAGAGGACCUAGCGACCUGCGGCUCCCGUCGCCAGCGGCUACGCGUGUGUGGGGCCGGCGGGCGCUGCGAUGUAGGGGCCUGGCAGCGCCCCGGUGCUUGUGCUCCGAGGUCAGCCCAGCCUCGUCCUUCCCCUGGACACCUGUCCGCUGCGCGGCUCGUCCAGGUCCAGUUGGCUCCUGUAUCCUUAACCAUCUCCCUGUGUGUCCCUCCUGCCGAAGGCCUCUUGCCCAGGACUUUUCUGAGCUAAUGGAAGCCAUGCCGUGAGAGCUGCCCAGACUUGCUCAUAGCCAUGACGGAGCCCCACCGGGUUCAGUUCACUUCUCUCCCAGGUCCGCUGAGCACCAGCUUCUUGAAGAAGCCUCGCAGGGAGGAUGUGUCAGGAGCGGAGCUGCCCCAGGACUCUGAACCGGCCGCAGCAGCAGUUCGCAUCACGCUUACCCUUUUUGAGCCGGAUCACAAGCGUUGCCCAGAGUUUUUCUACCCUGAGCUUCUGAAGAACACUCGAGGGAAACUGAAGGGUGUUUCUUCUGGAGACAAGAGGAAAGACCAUGCUGAUCCCUUCAAUGAUGAGGAAAGAGAAAGACACAAAGUGGAGGCUCUUGCCCGGAAGUUUGAAGAGAAAUAUGGGGGCAAGAAACGCAGGAAGGACCGUAUUCAGGACUUGAUCGAUAUGGGGUAUGGGUAUGACGAAUCCGAUUCCUUCAUUGAUAAUUCUGAAGCGUAUGAUGAACUUGUUCCAGCUUCUCUGACUACAAAAUACGGAGGAUUUUACAUUAACUCGGGAACGCUGCAGUUCCGCCAAGCAUCGGAAUCGGAGGAUGACUUUAUCAAAGAGAAGAAGAAGAAGUCUCCCAAGAAGCGGAAGUUGAAAGAAGGUGGUGAAAAAAUGAAGAAGAAGAAAAAAGAUGAUUCUUAUGACAAGGAAAAAAAGUCAAAAAAAUCUAAGUUCCCCAAAGCCGGCUUCACAGCACUGAAUGCCAGUAAAGAGAAAAAGAAAAAGAAAUACUCUGGAGCUUUGAGUGUCAAAGAGAUGCUGAAGAAAUUCCAGAAGGAAAAGGAAGCUCAGAAAAAGAGGGAUGAGGAGCAGAAGAUGGUGUCACUCUCCCCAGCAGAAGCUCCAGCCCCACGAGAAGUGGAGACCAUGUCUGAUCCUUUGCUAUCUCUCUUUGGCCAUGCCAGUGAUAAUGACUUGCUUCAGGCUGUCACUGCUGUGGACUCAUUGAAUGAUCUGGACCUGGACCUGGAGCGGCUCUUCAAUGAAUCUCCAGAAGGGAGUCCCUUCCAUGAUGUGGAGGAUGGAAGUGACCCUCUUGGGAUGGGUUUGGAACAGGAAUUCAAACAGCCACCCUCCCUCCCAGAAGGACUACCAGCUCCACUGGAGAGACGGAUCAAGGAACUGACCCAGGCUGCAAGAGCUGCAGAAGGAGAAGGCAAACAGCGGUUCUUCACCCAGGACGUCAAUAACAUCAUACUGGACAUAGAGCUACAGACCCGGGAGCUGAACAGCCAGAUCCGAUCUGGGGUCUAUGCCCACCUGGCCGCCUUCCUGCCUUGCAGCAAGGACACUCUGGUCAAGCGUGCCCGCAAACUUUAUCUCUUUGAGCAGGGUGGACGCUUGAAAGAGCCUCUCCAGAAGCUGAAGGAAGCCAUUGGCAGAGCAAUGCCAGAGCAGAUGUCUAAAUACCAGGAUGAAUGCCAAGCCCAUACGCAAGCCAAGUUUGCUAAGAUGUUGGAAGAGGAAAAGGACAAGGAGCAGAGAGACCGGAUUUGCUCUGAUGAGGAAGACGACGAAGAGAAGGGAGGAAAGCGCAUCAUGGGACCACGAAAGAAAUUUCAGUGGAAUGAUGAAAUCAGGGAGCUGCUUUGCCAUGCGGUGAAGAUGAAAGUGGAUGGCUAUGAGCUUGAGAAAAACAAGGUUCAGUCUUUGGAAGAUUAUUUGAAAACCUUCCUAGAUGCGGAAGUGAAAGCCCUCUGGCCAAAGGGCUGGAUGCAGGCCAGGACACUGUUCAAGGAGAGCAGGCGUGUACACGGGCACCUAACAUCUAUCCUGGCAAAGAAAAAAGUGAUGGCUCCUCCAAAGGUGAAAGUGAAGGACUCCUCCAGUAAGCCAGAUAAAAAGAUUCCUAUGUCUGUUCCACUGAUCCACUCAAGUGGCACAGUUUCUCUGUCUUCAGAGCCCCAGGGAGCAGCCAUGGGCAUCAGCACCCAAACUCGAGAGCUCUUGGUUCUCAGUGCUUCCCAGGCAUCUAGCAGCACAGCCACCCCUGCUGCCUUCAGUAUGGAUGACUCCCUGGAUGAGGACUUAAUUCAUAACCCAACCUCCUCACUGGAAGCUGUCUCAAAAGAACUGGCUGUGCUAAAUAGCAGGGCAGCUGGAAGCCCCGAUUUCACACUUCCUGGGACCCCCAAAACUCCUUCAGAGAAGAUCACAAAUCUCACCAGUUCAGAGGAGAAAAGGAACUUUGCUAAGUCCAGUCCUUCCCCUUCCCCGUCCCCCAGCAGCUCUCUCCAGUCACCCCUCAAUUUCCUGGCUGAACAGGCACUGGCAUUGGGACAGUCUGCUCAAGACAAAAAGACAGAGAGUUCCAGUUACAAAGAACUGUCCUGCCAAACCUCCCCCAAUAAAAUCCCUGAUGCACAUCAGGCCAAACAGAAGCACCACAGCCUGCAGCGACCAAGUCAUGGGCCCCAGACAUCGACACCUGUGCCAGCCACCCAGGUAAAGGUCUUUCACUCAAGCAGCCAGCAACAGAAAAACUUCACAUCCCCAGCUCCAUUUGUCAAGCUGCAGAGCCCCAAGUCCACCUCCCCGCUUCCCCAGCGCUCUCUCCUCCAGCAGGUUAAGACGUCAACUAAAGCUCAGAGCUUCCAUUCCUCAGCUUCAUCAGCAGCAGGCAGCACCCCAGCUUCAAGCAGCUCUCACAAGACCCCGGGCUCCUCUCCGGCAUCCCUGAGCUAUGCAGGGAAGCACUCGGUCAGCUCCAGUUCUUCAGGACAAUCCUACAAAGCUCCUUUCAUUUCUGGCUCCCUUUCCAAGCAUGGGGCUUCUUCCAGCAGUUCCACAUCUGGUGUGCCUGCAAACCAGAGCUCCUCCUCAGGGAGCUUGCUUUCUGGUGUGCAGACACCCUCCCCAGGGCAAACCUCCAGCCGCUCCUCCCCAAGCUCCACCGUAAAGAAAACUCCAGUCUCCCAGAAGCUGACUUUAGUAGCACCACCUGGUGGUCCAAAUGGAGACACAAGUGGAGGGACUCAAGGGGUGGCCAAGUUAUUGACCUCCUCCCUCAAGCCAGCUGUGGUGAGCAGCACUGCAUCUUCUACCUCUGUGCCGAAAGGAACUAGUGGGGCUGUGCUGCUAACCAGUUCUUCUUCCUUAAGUGUACUGUCUCCAUCCUACAAGUCCAGCAAUUCAAAGCUGCCAGGUGCCCUGAGCUCCACACCACUGGGGAUUAUAUCUCCUAUCCAUUCCUUCCCUCUUCACGUCAUCUCCUUCAGCUCGGACACCUCCCCUAAAGCAGGAGUAUCGAAGGAUGCAAUAGUAACUGGCCCUGCCCCAGGAACGUUUCACCACGGCCUUGGCCACAGUCUUCUGGCUGGCUUGCACUCCAGCCCGCACCAUGCAGCACCACUCCCACACUCUGCCCUGUCCACCCAUUUACCGCAAAGUUUGCCAGAUGCAUCUCAGCUUCAUGGCAAAGGGCCCAACGCACCACAGCGGAAGUUGUGACACUUGGAAGGGAAUGAGCUUGCACCAGCACAGGACAAACCCACGAGGAGCAGACCAGGAACACUGGGUGUUGACUCUGUCACUUUCUGUGUUCCUC